AUGUAUCAAGGGAACAGUGAAUGGGAAAUAACAUCUAUCACUGUGAAAUCUGUUGUCUCUACUGAUCAAAGUAACAAAAAAUUCCAGGAACUGCAUUACUCCAUAGAAAUGAAGCGCCAUUCAACUUAUUAUGUGUACGUACUAUUUUUACCUACGUUUAUCACUGCAGCAUUGUGUUUGAUCGGUUUGUUCACACCUUUCAAUAAUGCUGGGGAUCGAUGCGAGAGGACAACGUUAGGGUUAACCACCCUCCUUUCCUUGGCUGUUAUACUCAAUAUUAUUGGUGAUGACAUGCCCAAAUCUUCUACAUUGCCUCAACUUGCAAAAUACGUCUUAGCUGAGAUCCUGCUCUGUUGCGCUGGAGUACUAGUAACCGUUAUACUACUAGUAGCUCAUCAGCGUAUACUCACUAGACAAUUUCUUCCACCAGCUCGGAUGUACAAAGAUAAAUGGGAUGGAAGCAAGGCGAGUGACUCAUCUACCAAAUGA